UUGAUAUCUCUCUUUACGUUGCUAAGCAUUAAGUUUGAAAAUACUCUUAAGUCCAUGGAUGGUUCUAAAAGCUCCUCUGAAGAAGUUAAGAAUGUUGAUGUUUAUACGGCGAAAGGUCUUCUUAGUACUGGAUAUCGAUAUUUAGAUGUAAGGACAAAGACGGAAUUUCAAAAAGGACAUGUUGAAGGUGCUGUAAACAUCCCCUACAUGUUUGUCACCGAAGAAGGGCGAGUGAAAAAUCAAGACUUUAUUGCUCAGGUUUUAGAAGUCAGCCAAAAGGAUGACAAAUUAGUUGUGGCUUGCAACCGUGGCGGUAGAGGUCUCAAAGCGACAAUUGAUCUGAAAAAUGAAGGUUAUGAGCAUGUUGCCAAUAUUGAAGGAGGUUACUCUGCAUGGGUUGAUGCUGGAUUUGCCGGUGAAAAUGCUGAAAAAACUGCUUGCAAAUUUCACCCUUGAAGAUUUAUUAUGUAUCAACUAU